CUACUACUUUAGCUUGAGGAUUGUUAUUAACUGCACCACCAAGGAGUGAGUUCUUGAAUUGGUCUCAACGUUUGGACUAACUUUCUCUAGUCAGAAGACUGGACUAUACAGUUAUUCUUUGCAUCAUAUUGGAGCUCCACACUGGAGUGAAACCUUUGUCAUGUGAUUCUUGGAUUUGUAUAAGAGUACUAGAUAUGGUUGUCUCUAGACUCUAAGCCUGAAUCAAACAGAGUUAAGCUUUACAUACUGAGAUUUCUAAAGACUAUGGUAUGAUUCUUUUAUGAUUGAGAUCCAAUGUCACCAUGAUGGCAUCUCAUGACCAACUGCUUAUGCCUCGCAUUACCCUUCUUGCAAUUGUCAAUAUCGGAGUAUUUUUGGACCCACGGUCGCCUUCGAGGCAAGAUUGGCGUGUGCUAGCCUCACUCCUCGGGUUUCCAGAUAUCUGGAUUCAGAAUGUUGAAUGUAAAUGUCUUCCAACUGGUAAGUCACCCACUGCUCAUGUUCUGCGGGCGUGGCAGCAAGGCUUUCCAGUUCUUCAACCUCUCCCUGUUCAACAUCUUAUCGAUUGUUUGGAGAGGAUGAAGCGGAUAGAUGCAGCCUCUCGUAUUAAACAAAUGAUGGCGAAUGAGAGUUUCCUGGACCCAGAAACAACCUUGACUUACUGCCCAUCUGGGAGGGUGCCAAAGAGUCACCAAACACGCUGUUAUUCUUGUCAGUCAGGGCAACAAACAUCACAAAUAAACGACUCUACGGUACGAAGCAAAAGAAUCGCUCAAGAGAACUCAUACCAUGGACCUAGUCAGUCAUUCCUCCGACAGAGUCGUCAAGAAAGAUGCUUUGAUUGUGAGCAGAGAGUGACCACUCCAACAUGUGAGCAUCAGCUAACAUCACAGACCUACCACCAGCCUCAUUGGCCAAAAAAUGGCCAGAGCGUGGUUUCACUUUCCUCCGUCAUCAGUGAAAACUUUCCUCCGUCAUCAGAAAACUUACAAAUACCUUCCCAUCGGAAUAACACGAUGACAUGGCCUUUUAAGAAGGGAGACGGUAUGAGAGGGGAGCUGCAUCAGUGCCAGUUUCAACCCGUAGAGCAACAAGCUUGUACUCAUCAAGACAUAAACUAUCAGCAAGAUGGUGAGAGACUGGAUAGUAGACCCUUUCAUUCAUUGGUUUCAACAACAUCAGCGGAUGGUCCUCGUUAUGAUAGUGCAGUGCGAGGACCCUGUUCAGAAGGUACAGUGGAUUGCAUGAUGAUGGAGAACCCUACAAGAGCCUCGCCCAACCAAUUGGAAAAUUUGAUGGGAACAGACGCUUCUAUGCUAAUCACUUAUGCGUACAAGAACUUCAAGCCUGCGCAUAAACUUGCUGCAGUACUAAAGAGCAAGGGGCAUGGUAAAGUCGAAGUGGAUACUAACAAAGGACCUAUACGGGAGGCAUUGUUUAACUCGGUGACCUAUGUAAUUAUCAUCUACACUCAAGAUUAUAUCAAAGAAGUGUCUGAAAGAAAUGUUGAAACCCCUCUGAACACUCGUGCCAUUUAUCAUCUGAUGGCUGAAGAAUUCAAGAGAUGCGGGAAAAGAAAUCUUCGUUUUGUUCCGAUCCGUGACUGCGCCAAGAUUGAUCGUGACUCCAUGCCACUGUUUCUGAGGGAUUACCCAAGGGCCCAGACUCAGUACAUCUGUAGGCUUCUCGAAGAAAGCCCGCAGGAAACCCCCAGACGAGAAAACCCCAGACGAGAAACCCCGGAGCGAGAAACACAGGGACAAGUCUCAAUACAGAGGAAGGUGUGGGUGACGAGUCCGAGCGGAUAAGAGCACCAAACUCAAGCUCUGGUAUUAAUUUGGGUUUUUUACCCAUACACCAAUCUGUAUAAUACCUUCCUCACUCAUACAAUGUUCAACAACAUUGGAAACUCAACCACAAAUAUGGCGGUUUA